GUUGCGAAAGGGCAGCGCCUUCGACCACCCAAGCCGCAAAACGCAAGAGUGGGCAGCUAACGCCACAGGAGCAACCAAACACCAAGCGGCAGAAAUGCACACAGGGGACCGGAGGCAACCACUCCGCCCCAAACCCCCCCCGAAUGGUGGAGGGACAGCGCAGAUAUGCAGAUGCUCUUAAAGGAAUUCGUAUGGCUGUGCUGCCUCUAAACUACCCGGCGGAGACACUGGGGUCGGAGGAGCUCACUGUGCUCCAAGAUCUACUCAUGGAAGAGAUAUUCAGGGGAUCUGGAUAUAAAGCCUCAUUCCAUGGAGUAUAUUUCAAAGGAGGCAUGUUGCAGGUGGACUGCAAGGAUGAGAGGUCUGCCGACUGGCUAAGGGAGAUCGCUCCCAAGCUGGAAGGCUGGAAGGGCCCCGUUAUCUGCGCAAAAAAGGGGGAAGACAUACCGCCCAUGCAUAGCAUGACGGUGUUCCUCCCCAGGUGCGCAGGUAAGCCAUAUGAGUUUGCUCUCGGGCUCAUUCAAAACCAGAACGAGGGCCUUAGCAUAUCGGGCUGGAGAGUAGUCACCAGCAAGAUAGAGGAUUCAGGGUGGAGGCUUAAUCUCUGCAUCGAUGACGAAUCGUAUAAAUUCGUCAGAAGAGUGAGCUUCCGACUGAAUUACAGAUUCAGUUCGGUGGUCCUGAGGCCAUUUAAGCCUAAGACGGCCACCGAAAAUGAAGCGCUGGAGAAGUUGCUGGUAGAUGAGGUUGCGACUCAUCCCGGCACCAGCACGGCGGAGCAGGCGGCAACUGCUGGAACCAGGGUGAAGGUCCCUACGGAGAAGGCUGGCGAACAAGGGGGGGCGCUACCCUCCACGCAAGAGCUUCUCGAGGGACUCAGGGACCUAGCGGGUGGUAACGCGGAGGACGGUGAAGAUGAGGAGCUCCUCAUGGAACCGAUCCUCUAGCGGGUCCACAAAUCGAAAUUGCCCAGGUAAACCUGCAUCACGUGGCGUCGGCCCCGGCCGUCAUCGCGAGCAGGUUUACAGCGGAUGGUCUGGGCAUUGUACUGAUCCAGGAGCCAUGGAUCUACAAAGGAGAGGUCAGAGGCCUCAAAAUGAGUUCCUAACACAAGACCUGGUCGCUGUGCAGGCAAAAAGUAACGAUGGAGCGGACUUCGUCCUGGCAGCUGCCUACUUUCCUGGAAACACGCUGACAGCACCCCCAGAGGCCGUCGGGAACCUCGUGGAUUACUGCAGGAGGAACAACCUGCCCCUCGUCAUGGGAUGUGACGCCAACGCCCAUCAUACUGAAUGGGGCAGCACAGACUGCAAUACACGGGGUGAGUCCUUACUUGAAUUUAUAGUAAGUAGGAAUUUAAGCAUUGUAAACGUGGGGUGCGAACCCACCUUUAUAACCAGUGUAAGAAGGGAGGUGCUUGACAUCACUCUUGGUAACGAACUCAUGACAGGGCUGAUCGGGCAAUGGAGAGUGUCAUCGGAACCCUCCAUGUCGGAUAACCGCAUCAUAAGAUUCGCACUAGGGGUAGAGGUUAAGCAACUCAGUCCCAGGCGUAUCCCCAAAAACUCGGACUGGGCCACCUUUAGAGAUACGCAUGAAAUAAAUCUCAAGAUGAGGGGGCAGCUGGACAGCAGUGCCAGCAGUGCCUUUCGGACUGGAGAGCAGAUUGUCUGCGCUAAAUCAGUCCAUUAUG